GUUUACUCUACUCAAUUUGCGCACUUGGCCUGUCAUGCUUGAAAUCUUUCACUAUAUAUUAAUAGCUAGUCCAAUAUGAUACAAAAUUUUAUGUUCCUUGCUCUGGUGUAUCUUUUAAGCCAAUGUGUGGUGUCAGCAGAGGUAACUCCUGCUGCCGAAAGACCGAAUUUUGUAGUAUUCUUGGUCGAUGAUUUGGGCAUAGGAGAUAUUGGUUGUUUCGGUAAUGAUACGAUUAAAACACCCAAUAUUGAUAAUCUGGCAUCACACGGAGCGAAGUUGAAUCACAAUUUAGCACCAGAAUCCGUAUGUACACCAAGCCGUGCAGCUACACUCACUGGGCGAUAUGCAAUUCGCUCUGGGAUGGCAUCAGGGCCAGGUGAAAUGAGGAUGUUUAUAAAUAUUGCAACGUCGGGGGGAUUGCCAAGCAACGAGACUACCAUCGCUGAAAUAUUGCAGGAAUCUGGUUAUAAAACAGGUAAAGCACUCUUAAUUGAUCUUUUCAAUAGUGAGUGAGUGCAAUUCAAUUUAAAACAAAUUCCGAAUUCGGGGGGUUCGCGACGCCAUCUUGAAAGUAUUGUUUCCACUAAAAUUUACCCCCACUUGCAAAUUUAUCUAUAGGGAAUUACUAGGAAUUCCAUUGUUUUCACUAUCUGAUGUUUGUCCCACUUGGCAAGAUGUCGUCGUGAACAGUUCAACACCGAAUUAAAUUAUGUAUCUUUAUCUUGGAUCAGUCCAAGUUGCAUAUCUUCUGCAUUUGCUUUAUUUUAUAUUUUUUCAAAUUGUUGGCUGGAAAUGGAUUUGGGGGGAUCCGCACGAUAUUGUGGAUGUUUACGGUAAAACAUAUGUCGGAGGACUUGAAUUGAUCUCCAACAAAUACGCUUGAAGAAUUAGUUCUAGGAACUUUAUUCUUUAAUCAAAAAUAUAAACAUGACAUUUACUGAAUCUCGGUUGUUUGAACAUAUAUUAUUACGAAACAAGUUGUUUCGUAAUAAUAUAUUUUACAUGCAUCUCAUAAUUAAUAUCUUGUUAUUCACUUCUCUCAGUGUAAAACCCCAAUCUCGUUCCCCGAGCCUGCGAUCCUCGGGAAGGAACGUGAGGCUCUGGGAUAAUCCGUUGCCGGAAGCCAGGAAUCCUGGCUAAGAUUGAACUACGCAUUCCAUUUCAACGGCCAAUCAGAUUCCUCCUUGAAACGGAUUAUUCCAGAGCCUCGCGUUCCUUCCAAAGGAUCGCAGGCUCGGGGAACGAGAUUGUGUAAAACCCAUACAAAAAAAACUCGUCUCGAAUGUUUUAAAUUUACAGUACAAUUUCCAGACGAUGUUUACAUUAGCGGAUUAAUAGCCCAUCCCUUUUUGUCUCGUCCGAGUCCACUUCCUACGCUCUCUUUCUAAAUAUAUUAUAAUGUUAUAAACUAUUUACUAAAGGUUACUAAACUUCGAUAUACCUACGGAAUGGUUUGGUCUAAUAAACCAUCUACAAACGUUCAAAUUUGUGACUAAUGUUCUUCUGUUUCUUCUUCAGCGAUUAUUCGGAUGUUUUCGUUAGCAGUGGUUGCUGCAUGUCUUCUUGGUCUGAACUCUGAAUUCGUGGGCUCUUGGAUCCAAAAUGGUUUUCGGUGUCGUUCUAUCACAAGAUAGCUCAAUUGGGUAAAGGUGUUAAAUGGUCCUCUCUAAGUUGGAUUUACCAGCUCUUAGUCUUACUGCUCGAACGAUCCCAUCUCUACCUUUGAUCAAAUUUUUCGACAACCGCAAUUUUCCAUUUAUCUCUGUUCCGCUCAUCUACUUUGAUGAGGACAACAUCUCCAGUUUUAAUGAGCAUCUCUUUGGUUUUAUUCUUCAUAUUAUGUCGUCCUCUCAAGUGGCUUUCAGAUAUUCAGAUGACCAUCUCGACCACCAGGCAUCCUUGCAUUUCUUUAUAUACUUUGCUCUUUCUCAAUCUCAGGUCAGCAUUUUCGUCUGAGAGGUCCAUGUUUUCUGACUACGGGUGAUGGCGCAAAUUAGUAAUUGUAGGUCAUCCUCUACCAGGGGCGUAGGAACCGGGGGGGCCAGGGGGGCCAUGCCCCCCCCCCAAGUUUUGGCAAGUGCCCUUUUUACAGAAGCAAAGUGCCCUUUUUGUGCCUGAAAAAUUUUCAUAAAAUUCGCAGUUUUUGUCCAAACGAAACUUUUGAAAACUGUAAUGUAGGUUUUUUCCUGAAAAAUGUUUUAGUUUCCGAUAAAAAUAUCAUAUAUUUGUUUUUCCGGAAAAAAUUUUUAGUAUUUAAGGAAAGAUAUGGUAUGUCCGGAAAAUUUUUUUACCCCUAAAAUGGUACACUGACCGAAAUUUUUUUGGCGACGGGGGGGGGGAGGUCGCCAAAAAUUUUUUUUGAGAUGCCCUUUUUUUUUGAAAGUGCCCCUCAAAGCCUGCCCCCCCCCCCAACUUUUCUAAGCUUGCUACGCCCCUGUCCUCUACAUAUCUCAGUGGUCGGUGUUCAAAAUUAUCUCGAUAUCCAGCAACACCUCUUCCAAUUCGUUCAAGCUCUAUUUGGCCUUCCCAAUUGUGUUGUACAACGCCUGCUUCACUAAUCCGACCGUCCGUUCGUUUUUGGCCGCCCCACCAUGGGGCUCGACUGAGGUUGAAUUUCCAGACAAUUUUCUGUUUCCCAAGCCAGCCAAGAAGCUGUUCGUCUUUCAUGGCCUUUCGUAACCAAUGGGCUGCGGCGACAUUAUCGAUAUAGAUUUUAUCAGGACGACUGCGUCUCGCAAUAAAACGUUUGAGGCUUGAGAUGCAUUCUUCUGUUGUCUGCUGCUUUCCAGUGGUACGUAUAAUUUCGCAGUACAACACAACCCGCGUCCCAUUUUUCUUGUAUUUUAAUUCAAGCACAGCAGUUGGAUGCUCAGCUUGUUCUUUCACUCUGCUGUGGUGGUGACUUUAUUACAGUUGAUGAAUUUGUGCUUGUCACUCUUGCAGUAUACACAUGGUCUGGGUUUCCACUCUUCGUUCUUGGUUUGAUAAUUUCUCCCGCGUCUUCUUCUUUCCAUCUGCUCCUUGUCGUGUUCUCGAUCCACUUGUUUAAUUGGAUUUUUCUCGGCCCACUUGUGCAAUGGCUCAAUAAGGGGUUGAAUCCCCCAGUCUUGGUGCGGACUAGGUCUCCUCUGAUUGCUUUGGGCUUGGAGUAGUGUCGCCUGUACGUAGCCAGAGUGUUUAGUUUAGAGUGUUUCCAACGAUUGAACGCUCGAUAGCAACUUUUCGUAAAAUCACGAAUUUUUGUUAUAGUAGCCCCCACCCCCUCUGAUAGUAGGCAAGGAUAAAAUACUUUGCACGUACGCAUUAAUGAUCUCACUCUCCUUUUCAUAUUUAGUCUUAAGAAUGUUUUUCGCCCUUCGUUCGUCAAUAGUCGAGAAUGUUUUUCGCCCUUCGUCCAUCAAGGGAGUCCGUCAAUGGUCGUUCGUACUUUAGGCUCGAGUUGUUCUAACUUUUAAAUAUGAAAUUUAGUUACCUUUGCAAUUUCCACCCGAUAUAUUUCCGUCUCGAAUUAGCUCAAAAUGUCAGUCAGAUCCGUGGGUACACUUUUGAACUUUGUCAUGGGCGUACCGGGCGGGGGGGGGCGGGGGGGGGGCGGUAGACCCCCUCCAGAUUUUUGGGCAGUCGGGCAAUAUUCGCUGAACAGUCGGGCAAUUUUGGUUAAUUAAAAAAAUAAAUGUGACAAAUUCUGUAAAUUUUGCGGAAAAUUUUGUGAAAUUUUCCAAAAUUUUGUAGGUUCCGGACAAUAAUGGUAUGACCGAAAAAAAUUUUUGACCCCUAAAAUGGUACACUGACCGAAAUUUUUUUGGCGACGGGGGGGGUGGGGGGGGAGGUCGCCAAACCAAAUUCCGGAAAAAAUUUUUCGGUACUUGUCGGGCAAAAUCCGGAAAAGUCGGGCAAAUUUCUUGCCGCCCCCCUAAAUUUUUCCUUCCGGUACGCCCAUGAACUUUGUUAUGAUAAGUUUUGGUACUGUAGCUUUGUGUGGAUUGUUUUAUUCUCUUUCUUUUUAGUAGACUCCAAUACAAAUCUUAUUUCUUCUUUCAUCUUUAAUGCAAAUCUUAUCUGAUAGGGCAUUUCUGUCAUAUGGACAGUUACCUACCACAUAGAAAAUUCUCAUUUUCUUUAUUUUCUAUUUAUUUUUUGAUUAGCAACACAUAAAUUACAAGGUACUGAGCAAAAGGACUCGUAGUCCCCUACUAGGCUGUAUACCAAAAUGUAAUAAUAAUAGUAAUAAUAACUACAAGCAAAAAAGAAUAUAGGUAAAAAUGAUAACUUUAACAUGUACUACAUGGAGUUAAAGUAUUAAUACUACGACAUUUAACACAAAUAAGUUUAUACGUUCGAAUGUUAUCCUGAUCAAAGACCAUUCUUAAUCGUUCAAAGUACAAGUUCCUAAGUUUGAAGAUUCAUUCUCUUUCAUUUUAGUAGACUCCAAUUGCGAAUUCUUCUUUAAUACAAAUCUUAUUUCUUCUUUCAUCUUUAAUGCAAAUCUUAUCUGAUAGGGCAUUUCUGUCAUAUGGACAGUUACCUAUUACCCAGAAAAUUCUCAUUUUCUUUAGAAACAACCUAGCUCUUUAAAACUCAUUUUCGUUAAACACAAGUCCUCUUGAAUACGGUGCUGAACAUUUAAAGCUUUGAGCAGAGUUUAAAAGCGACCUCAUCGAGUCAUUGUGGUGAACUUUAUUAUGAAACGGAAACGUCUUUAAUAUAGAAUUUUAGAUUUACGGGGAGCAGCUGCAACCUGUGGCCCUGUGAUUCCGGUGCAGCGCUCUUACCACUGGGCUACAGAGUCCAGUUGCCGAGCAUUAGCCACAAGUUCAUCUAUAUGUAUAUUAAGGUGAUAUCAGUGUUAGGUAUAUAGAUAAAGAUCAAGAAUUUGGGCAUCUCGAUCAAUAGAAUUGAAUAUAGAUGGCACUUUUGUAGAUGGAAUUUUCGAACGAUAAUUUAUACAAUUUUAGACCUUAUCGGAUCCAACUGCGGCCCUGCGAUUCCAGUGCAGCGCUCUGACGUCCAGUUGCAGAGCUUUAACCACAAGUUCUUGUAUAAUAUGUAGUAAGGUGAUGCCAGUUUUAGGUACAUGGAUAAACAUAAUGAUUUUGGUAAUCUCGAUCGAUAGAAUUGUAAACUGAUAGAUGGGAUUUUUGUGGAUGAAAUUUACAAAAAUAACAUUUACAUUCAAUUCCAUCGAUCGAGAAGCCAAGGUAAGCUGCGGAUUGAUAGGGAUACAACUACCUGAAAAAUACAAGGAGAACGUCGACGUUUACUAAUUUCCCGACGAAGAGCCUUCCCUCGAAACGUCGAAGUUCUCCUUAUCAAUCCGCAGCUUUCUUAUUUUUGGCACUUCCUACACUGGCACAGACCGUUCGAAUUAAAUUGAAUUUACCUCUCUAAUGCGUAUAUUAUUAGAAUCAUGUAUCGACUGUACCACAAGUAUUCGUAGAUAUAAUAUGAUUCUAAAUUGUCUCACUCCAGGUGUGAUUGGUAAAUGGCAUCUUGGACUAAACUGUAAUGAUAACAAAGAUGGCUGUUACCUCCCCAUGAACAAUGGUUUUGAUGAAUUCUAUGGCUUACCUAUGACGAAUAUCCGUGCUGCUUGUGGCUCAAUAGAAGAUGGCUCGAAAUUUGAGACUUAUCUUUGGACACUUGGAAAACCUCUAAUGAUAUCCAGUGUAAUAUUUUGGCUGGCCUUAAUGUGGGUUGGAUUCCUUUCGCGAAAGACUACGUUUUUAUUAAUGUUUUUCUCAAUGGUGAUUUUAUCUAUACCAUUGCUAUUCGGUAAGUGGGCGUAUGCGCAAUCUAUUUGUGUGUUAAUGCGUGGAUAUGACGUUAUUGAACAACCACUUAUCUUGGAAAACCUCACAAUACGGUUCACAGACGAGGCUAAACGAUUUAUUUACAAAAACAAAGAGGAGCCAUUCUUUCUUUUCAUGUCCUACGCUAAGGUGCACACGUCUCUUUUCUCAUCACCACAGUUCAAAGGUCACAGCGUUCACGGUCGCUAUGGUGACAAUGUCGAAGAGAUGGAUUGGAGUGUAGGAGAGAUUGUCUCAAGUCUUGAACGUGAAAAUAUAUUGGAUAACACAUUCAUAUAUUUUACUUCGGAUCAUGGGCCGUUCCUUGAAGAGGUGGUUGAUUCUGGGGAAUAUUGUGGAGGAUCGACUGGGCUUUAUCGAGGAGGUUAGUAAAACAUUCCGAGAAGGUUGUGUACAGUUUCACGACUAACAUAGGCAGCGAAAGAUUUGUUUGCUUACGGGACUGUUAGGCAAAUUCUGGGGAAACAUGCUCCUCUAGAAACGUUUGAAAUCUGGACUCUCUGAAAUAGCAUUUCCUGCGUUCUUGGGAGGGAAGAUCGUAUGUGCAAAAAUGUAUUCGUUUUGUUUAUUUUACAUUUCAUAGUUCAUACAGCGAAGAAUUUGAUACUUUCAUAUAAAGUUGUCCCACUAUAUGAUCUUUUUCUUGGGGCUGCGGGCGUUAGCUCCCUCACUUCUACUUCUUGGGGGGAGCUAUUGCCCCCUAGCUCCCUUCGUUCUCGCCAUCUGUGACAACGAAGAAUUGUUUCUUACCAAUGUUUCCAGAUGGUGACAAACCAGGAAGCAAUGCUUUCCCAACAAAAAUCAAUUGGAAAAGCAAACUAUGUUUUUGAAUUUGUCUGAAAACGUAUUAGUCUUGUUGGAACAACGUACUUGUGGCAAGUCUGUUACCGUCAUCAACCUUGUAACAAGGUAAUAACUUGUUCUAGACUAGCCACAAAAAAUGGGAACAAACAGCACAAACACAUCCUGAUCACAAGUUGUUGAAACUGUAUUGGUACAAAUCAGCUGCAGGUUUGUUAAAAGAUGUGCGUUUUCACGUGUGUAGUUUGAUGAGACAUACGCCGCAUUUCUGUAGUUUAAUGGUAAUAUAUGAGGUAAAGAUUGGAGGGCUGUGGAUGUAUGUCCUUGAGCUAAUUUCUUGUAAGCCCAUCACCAAUAAUUUUGGUUUACCUAUCUGUCUUCCUUUCGGUCUCAUGUAAACGAGGUUUUGUAUUAAAAUCUGACUUGUUUCAACACUUGCAGGUAAAGGUCAAAGUUGGGAAGGUGGGAUCCGUGUUCCGACUAUUGCCAUGUGGAAGAAUCAUAUCCCAGAAGGAAUAACAAUAAAUGAAGCAACAAGCACAAUGGAUAUCUUCACAACAAUGGCUCAAAUUGCUGGUCGUGAUAUUCCCAAUGACAGAAUCGUUGACAGUAAAAAUAUUCUUCCAUUGUUAACACAAGAAGUGGCUGUAUCUCCUCAUCAGUUUAUGUUUCACUAUUGUGGCCAUGCAAUCCAAGCUGUACGAUACAGACCUCUAACGGGAAAUGUGACAUGGAAAGCUCACUUUAUCACUCCAAACUGGGAUCCAGGGACUGAAGCAUGCGUAUCAACACUCUCUACCUGUUUAUGUUUCGGCAAACAUGUAAUCCACCAAGAUCCACCUUUGCUCUAUGAUAUCACCAACGAUCCCUAUGAGAGACACCAACUAGAUACCACGCAAUAUGAAGAUAUUAUUACGAAAAUAAAGGAAGCAAUGAAGAAACACACGCAGGGAAUAAAACCUGUUCCGAACCAGAUGGGAUAUCCAAAUGCUUGGUGGAGUCCACGGCGUCAACCCUGUUGUAACUUUCCAUAUUGUUCUUGUAUUGAAUCUUGAUUCUUUAAAUGCAAGGAAUGGCUUAGUAGUUUUGAAUACUGAUUUUUAUUUUACGGACUGUCCACUGUGUAGAGUCUUAAUUAAACAUUGAUAGAUUCAUCUAUUAUCUUGAUUAAUAUAUUACCGCGCUAUAAAGCACACCUUGUUUAA